GGCGGCGGCGGCGGCGGCGGAUCCUUCCCCUCCUUCCGGUCGUCAAUGUCCUCGCCGCCAAUCCUCCAGUCGGAUCUGGGUGGCUUCCUGUCCGGCGGGCGCCCCGGGGGUGUUGGUGGCUUCGGCGCCGGCGCUGAGGACUGCGCCUCUGUGGCUGGCAGUGUUGCCUCCUCCUCGUCGACCACGGCCGAAGACACGUACAUUCAGAAUCUCUUCGCCACCCUGGACCCGGAGGGCACCGGGGCCAUUUCCCGGCGGACGCUGGAGAGCAUCACCCGCGAGGCCGGGCUCGACCCCGUGCGGUUGACCCCCCUUCGGGAGCAGCUGGAUCAGCUCUGUGACCCGGGCGGUGAUAGCGUGGACUAUGACACCUUCUAUGACCUGAUGACGGCACCGGAGCACGCCGGGUCCAUCCUGCGCAAGACCAUCGGCGGGCAGCUGGUGAUUCCCUCCUUCACGGAGUUCUGCCAGGAGCUGGUGGACAUCUUCGAGUCGGUGCGCAUGAUGAACACCGGCCAGCGGGCCAGCUACAUUCCGGAGCUCAGCCGGGUCCCGUCGCAGCGCUUCGGCAUCGCCGUUUGCACGGUCGACGGCCAGGUCUUCGAGUAUGGCGAUGCCUCGGACACCCGCGGGACCACAUGCAUGCAGGCCACCUGCACGCCGUUUUCCUAUGCACUGGCCUUCGAGGAGGCCGGCCAGGAGAAGAUCCUCAAUCAUGUCGGCCGCGAGCCAAGCGGCGCCGCCUUCAAUGCCUUCAUCCUAAAUGCCGACGGCCUGCCGCACAAUCCGAUGAUCAAUGCCGGGGCCAUUGUCACGGCCACCCUCAUCAAGCCCGGCGAGUUGACCUCCACCCGCAUGCAGCAUGUGAUGGACCGCUUCCAGAAAAUGGCCGGCGGCAUGCCGCUGAGUUUCUCCCAACCCGUGUACCUCUCGGAGUUGGAGACCGCACACCGCAACUUCGCCCUCGGGUAUUUCAUGAAAAGCCAGGGCGCCUACCCGAGCGACAUGAAUGUCGAGGAGGCAUUGGACUUCUACUUCCAGCUUUGCUCGCUCGAGGUGACCUGCGAGCAGCUGGCCAUCAUGACGGCCACCCUGGCCAACCGGGGCGUGUGCCCGCUUUCGGAGGAGGUCUGCUUCUCGCUGGAGGCGGCCAAAUCCACCAUCCAGCUGAUGUACUCGUGUGGCAUGAAUGAGUCUUCCGGCGAGUGGGCCUGCACCAUCGGCCUGCCGGCCAAGUCCGGCGUCUCCGGCUGCAUCAUCCUGUGCAUCCCCAAUGUCCUGGGCUUGGCCAUCUGGUCGCCGAACAUCGACGAGUGCGGCAACUCCGUACGCGGGACCAAGUUCUCGCGCGAGCUGUGUGACCGCUUCUCCCUGAACAUCUUCGACCAGCUGAUCGGCACCACGUCGCACAUUGACCCCACCCUGCCGAUCAACUACGCCGAGGGGGGCCCCAGCGCGCCGAAUGCCUCUCUCGGGCGUUCCGGACGGCAUGGGCUCCAUGGGGCCGGUGUUGGUGGCAUCCAGGGCGGAAGUUUCAUCGGACCCAGCUUCGGCGGCGGCGGCGGCAGCGGCGGCGGUGGGUCGGCGGCUCUCCUGUCGCCGGGGCGCGAGUCGGGCCCGGACAUGGGCACCGCCCCGGCGAUGUCGGCCGGGCGGGUGUCCACCGGGCCCGGCCUAAGUGGCGUGACCAGCACCGCCCACGACCCGUCCCUCUUCACGCCCACCCGAAUGUCCGAGGCGCCACUGUCGCUGAAGAAGCUUCACAGCCGCGAGGCCGCCGGCCCACGCGUGGCCCAGCUCAUCAACAAGCAGCAGCACCAGGAGCUGCAGCACAAGCGCCACCAGCUGGUCUAUCGGAACCAAUGAUGCUGCUGGGCACUGGUGCACCUGGGUGUGUCUGCGUGCAUGUGCGCGCGCGUGUGUGUGUGUCUGCUUGCUUGCUUGCUUGCGGGCGCAUGCGUGCCUUUGUCCCCCUCCCCCAGCUUGUGCCCGUAUCAUUUGCCCCUUACUGCUGCGGGGGCGGGGGGAGAGGGAAAUACACUUGCGAUAGAUGCG